CUCCCUCCGGUUCCCUGGAAGCGGGCCGGUGGCCAGCGCGGGAGCGGUAGCAGCAGAGGUGGAGGCUCCGGCGCGUCUUUCUCCGGGUCAGCCUGAGCCGGGGCAGGCCUGGCGGUCCGCGUGGCUGGAAGGGCUUCGCUGCCCGAGAAUGGGAAUUCUCUUCACCAGGAUAUGGAGACUGUUCAAUCACCAGGAACACAAAGUUAUCAUUGUUGGAUUGGAUAAUGCAGGGAAAACUACCAUCCUUUACCAGUUUUCUAUGAAUGAAGUUGUACAUACAUCCCCUACAAUAGGAAGUAAUGUAGAAGAGAUAGUGAUUAAUAAUACAUGUUUCCUGAUGUGGGAUAUCGGUGGCCAAGAAUCUCUUCGCUCAUCCUGGAAUACUUACUAUACUAAUACAGAGUUUGUAAUAGUUGUUGUGGACAGUACAGACAGAGAGAGGAUUUCUGUAACUAGAGAAGAACUCUACAAAAUGCUGGCUCAUGAGGACUUAAGAAAAGCAGGACUGCUGAUUUUUGCUAAUAAACAAGAUGUUAAAGAAUGCAUGACUGUAGCAGAAAUCUCCCAGUUCUUGAAGCUUACUUCUAUUAAAGAUCACCAGUGGCAUAUCCAGGCAUGCUGUGCUCUUACUGGAGAAGGAUUAUGCCAAGGGCUUGAGUGGAUGAUGUCACGGCUGAAGAUUAGAUGAUCUCUGCUGACCUCUUCUCAUGGACUUAUAUAAACAGAGUGCUGGACUUUACCUGAAAGCUGCAAAAAUCAAUGGUUUAGAUAUAUUUAUAAUAAACUGACUUAAAUUUUUUCUAAAGAAAAAAAAUUAAGACCACUUAUUUGGAAACAAGGAUGAAGUUCCAUCUUCCAAUUUGCUUUCUCAUUAGUUCCUUCCAAAGUAUAUAUUAAAGCUGUGAUUGAUAUUUUUUUUGUAAUAAAUCCUCUCAGGACAUUUUAGAGCCUGUGGUAAGUACAAAGGGAGGGGAAGACAUUUUGAACUUUAAAGAGCUUUAUUGUCAUUAUAACCCUCCCAAGUUGAAUGUUGUUCUCUUGUUCCAUUAAGUCAAAAUACAAAUCAGCACAUAUUGUUUCCAAUAUUUUGAAAUGUAAUGUUACCUACAAAAAGUAUUUUGCUUAAGGCUGUGUAUGUAUUGUGUAUAUACCUCAAGUUCAAGUUAAUGGCUUUGAUUCAUGUUCUAAGAAAAGCAAAUAAUAAAAAUAACACCCU